UCCGAAAGCGUUGGCAAGUCUCAAAAAAGUUUACGAUAAUAAGUUUUUCAAUACAAUAUCUAAACUUUUUGAGCCGCCAACCAUCCCAAGGCCAUCCGCGCCUUCAUUGCGAUCAAUGAUUGAUGAAGUGUCUGCUGUUUAUGACUCUUUGCUAUCUCUGGGCGAUGAGAAGCAAAUAACAAACGCCAUUAUUAUACAUAUAGUUAUGACAAAGGUUGACUCUGUCACCCGAUCCAAGUGGGAAGAGCAACUUGACUACGAUCACUUACCAUUAUGGAAGGAUUGCGAAGCAACAUUGAAUAGAAGAUUUCAGCAGUUAGCAGCGGAAGGAGAAUCCUGUUCGAGGACGAAAUCCGGAGCCACAACCAGCAUGAGUUACAUGAAGCAGCCACACAUGGACAGGACAAAAUCAGCUUUAGUGGCUGCAGAUGCAAAGCAGCCAACUUAUCAAAAAUGCAAGUCGAAGGAACACCCUUUAACUGCCUGCCCCACUUUCAAGGCGCUUUCGGUACAACAGAGGUUCGAGUUUGUGAAAUCGGUGCCCUUAUGCAUAAAUUGCUUGCGUAAGGGGCAUACUGUAUCCAAGUGCAGAGCGGAUCGAUGUCGUGUAUGCAAUCGAUCGCAUCACACAUUGCUGCACCAGUACCCGGUUUCCUUCCCCGCUGCAUCUCAUCCGCAACCAUCAACCACACAUGCCAUGCAUACAGCGAGUAUGCCGGAUCGGGUAAUGUUGGCGACAGCUGUUAUUCAAGUGAGGACCAGUUAUGGUGAAUACCUGCCUGCGAGAGCGUUACUGGACUCAGGCUCCCAAGUCAACUUUAUGACGGAGGACUUGGCACAAAAGUUGCGAAUUCGUCGCCAACACAAAACGUUGAACAUAAUAGGAAUUGGAAAUUCCAAUACGAAAGUGGGGACAAAAAUUAAGCGCGUUUGUUAA